AUGGUAGGGUCUUCGAGAUCCCUAUCGCGAGCAUUGGAUGUAGCGUUUCGCCAUUGGCAUGAUAUACCCGAGGAACAAAAUGCUCGGGAGUCGAUUGUCUCACUUAACGAGGACAAGCACACAGCACAGGAUGAUAUCAGUAGCAGGAAGGGCAGUAUGGGCACCGACCACACGACAGCGACAAACCCUGGUAAUUCGGGGGGAUCCAAGGCUAACGCGGUGGCAGAACUCUAUCAAACCAUCACAGACUUCCAAGAUAAACACAAGACCCUUACUUCAUUAAAACAAACCAUGAACGUGUCAGACGAGCUUUUAAGAGUCUACGAUGUGUAUGUGAAGCCCAAAACUAACCUACAGAAGGAGGUGUUUUUUGUAGAGAUCCUUAUUCGACUUUCCCCUAGCUUUAUCCACGAGGAGAACGUAAUGCGUUGGUUGGACACGUAUCUCAAGCCUGCUGUGAAUAGUGCCGGUUAUGACUUGCAGUUUGUCACCAAGGCGCGGAAAUUUGUUGAGUGUGUUUCUGCUGAAAUAGUUCAUUCCGAAGACCCAUUACUACAAGCUCGUAGAGAGCGUAUGGGUGACCGAGUGGUAGAAAGAAUCCUUGAAGUUUACCUCGGUAGUACCUCCAACUACAACAAUGCCGACAUAGGCACUAGUACCUCGAGCUCGCGAUCCGGCAGUGUAGGUACUAGCAUUGAUUUGGUGUUGGACGGUAGCGAGAAAGAGAUAAAUACCCAGGAAUACUCCGAACGUCUACGUUACGUGAGAAUGAAUUGUUCUAAUUUGGUAAUUGCGUAUGGGUUGAAGCACCCGCGGAGACUCUUUGAAGUGCUAGAUGGGAACAUAAAAUAUCCCAAUCGCCGACUUGGUGUCUUAUCCUUGUUACUGGGCUAUGCUUCUCACGAGAGCUCGCAAUCAUAUGAUCUUGUACAGACAGAACUUUGGGCGAGCUUGUUACGCAUUGUUUGCUACGAUGGGUAUGCUGGAGCAGUGUCCAUGGCACUAUCUAUUGUAUGUAUGGUGAUCCCACAAGUAUGUGACCGUGUGGGAAAGUACGCAAGUGAUUUGAUGAGCUGUUAUGUCAGGUUAGUCGGGAGUGUUGAAAACAUUUCGGUUGGUACCCCGCGACCUGAAUCUAAACUCGGUUCAGUAUCAAGCCAUCACAAUUUGGACGAGAGGAUAGAUGAUGAAGGGAAUCAGACAAAAGAUAGUGAAACUUUGAAAGAUACCCCAGGCCCCAGCACAACUGGCCAAGUCCUAUACACUCCUUUUACCAUUCCGCCUGAUUGGUCAACUCUUAAUACAUCUUAUUCACAAACACUAUCACUAGACCAUUCCAUAUCAUACAGAUUGCAGUUUGAUACGACAUGUCUUAUUACCCUUCUCUACGGACUUUUUCCAUUUAAUUUGGCCAAAUUCUCACAGAAUCCUCAGCUUUAUCUUUCCAGAUACCCUUCCAGGAUUGUCACCCAUAUUUCCUUACCCGCGUCUAUAUCUCCAACACUUGGACCCACAGAGGUGGCUCAAACAGUCGGGGUUAACAACUUCAACUUUCCAUUGAUUGGAAAAACCCUUGCACACGCAAUUAAAUCAUUUACACUUCACCCAAACUUUCUUCAAUUCGAUCACAUUUCACUUUUAGACGAAUUAAAACGUCCCAUUGACUGGCUUAUACAAUCGCUAAAUGGUGAUGACCUUCGAUCAGAAGAGAUUGCCCUUGGCUGUUUGGGCCUCAAUCCAGAACUUAUCAUUAGCAUACCGGACUCGUUAUUUGAUCAACCUAUAGCGGAAAGUAACGGCAAGUCGUACCUGAUAGGAAGGAUGGCACUGUACGCCUCCUAUAGUAGUCGCCUGGACCUCCAGUCACUGCACAAUGCCCAUCAAUAUGAAUCCAGAGGCUCAUCAGUUGGUGGACCCAUUGUAAUUAAUCCUCAUACCAGGGAUUCAGUUGGGGUCCCAUCUAAGACACAUUUCCAAAAAUAUCUUUUCAACAUAACCCGCAGAGGUUCUUUAGUACCAAGCUCGUUGGUUGGACCUACAAACCGCGGUAACGGAGUAGGAGGCGACUUGAUUAAUUUCAAGGAAGUAAACUUCAACAAUUUAAAUGAUUCAAGAAGAGGAUCAGAAAGGAUUGUGGAGAAGCUGGAAGUAGACGAAAGGAUUGGUUCAGAAGCUAUCAACGAUCCCCUUGGAGAUACGAGUCAAAUUCUGCCCCCAAAUGGGUUGAAUAAAGACCACCCAAGAUCGUCAGAAUCUCUUUCGGAUCUCUUAACAAUACACGAGAAGCUUUAUACAGCGACUAAAAAUAUCCCACAAUCAUUGCGGAAUGGAUCUAUAUAUUCAGUGGCAAGUACUGGCCAUUGGAAAGAUAGUAUUGGUGGACAUAAUUCAGAUGAUUUACUGGCACUGGUAGGAACGUUGGCUCCCAUGUUAUCAACCGGCUCUGCGUCGGAUGGUACUACUAUCGAUUUCUAUCAACGUGAACUUCUUUUAAUGAAGAAUGAAUUAGACUUUUCUAAUUACAUGCAACAGCUCAACAAGUUUCAAUACGCUAAACUUAAACUCAAAAUGAAUCGUCUACUUAGAGAACCUGCAAUGCAUGCACAAGCUUUUGAGAACAAAGAGAAAGACGCAAGGACCAAAAGAUUAGAGGAAAGAGCCGCUAUACUUACUGCUGAAGUAGAAAGACUAAAGAAAGAAUUAGAAAGUAGUAUCAAUGAGGGCCGACAAGAACUUGAAAGAAUACUCCAACAGGCGCAGAAAUUGUCUUUUGAAAAGAAUGAAUUGAAGAUUAAACUUGAAACGGUCCAAAAUGAACUUCUUAGUAAGUCUUCAUCAUUAGAGAAGCUUUCUCAAAUACUUUCAGAUAAAGAAUACCAGUUGAGCCAGAUUCGCUUAGAGAAGUUAGCCAAUAAGCCUAUCUCGGGACCUCUUAUCCAGGCGCCCCCCACUAUCUCCACACCUUCCGCUGAACAUAACGGAUUCUUUAGCGUAACGUCUACUCCGACUGGAAAUGCUUCACAACCAACAUCUGUUGCCCUCCAUAACCAACUUUAUGCUCUUCGCACAGAGCUUCUUAUUGCCCAUGAGAAGAAUAGGGCACUUUCUCACGAACUCACGAAGGCCGAAACACAAUUCGAGGUGUCCUUAAAAGCUAGCGAGCUGCAGUCAGCACUUUUGCGCCAUGAACUAGGAACCAACGCACUGUCAUAUGUCGCUCAAUAUGAAAGAAAAAUUCAAGAUAUGUCAGCUACGAUUCUUAAAUAUGAAGGUCUACUUGAACAAAAGAAUGCGAAGAUUGUACAAAUUUCUACCUCGCGGCCAAUAUCAAUACCCGCAUCAUCGAUACCGAUUCCAGGAGCUAAUGCUGGUCCAAGCUCCAGAUCGAACUCUCUAGCAAUGGGCGGUCGUCAUCGUUUACUGACAGGAACUACCACUAGCAAUACAAUACCAAUGGGUGGAGGUCCAACAACAUCUAGCCCGAUGUAUCUUGACUCAGAGAGCAAGACUAGAUCAAAUUCCUCAGUAGACUCAAUUCCAUCACCACCACCUCCUGGAACAACUGGAUCCACCGGAAUAUCAGGUGGAGCCCACGUACCACCACACAUGCUUGGCGGAGGGAUUCCAGGAAUUUACAUGCCCCCAACACCGCCGGCGGUACCCAGGACGAACACAAGCUCAUCCACGAAUUCACAACAACAACCCAUCAUCAAAGGUAGAGGUGGAUAUCAAAAGAGAUCUAAAAAAUUUAUGUAG